UGCCUUGAUACGACCACCUCCACGUGUACUACCAUACAGGACUUCUCUGACACAACAGACUCCUCUGCAAGCACGGUCAUCCUGUCACCAAGCAGCAGCCCAGAAAGGAAGCCCUGGCCAAAAGAAUUCAUCAUUCCACAGUUCUCUGUUGAGACUGAAAUGGUUCUUGAAAGAGCCAAUGAAAUUUACAGAAAAGAUGGGACAGUGCUAACUACCCCAAAUGUCAAGUCAGACAUACUUGAAAAGCUAGCUCAGGCCAUUUUCACGUACACUGCAUAUCCGUCCUCCCUUCAGAUUAUUUCCGCAGCUGAAGCCCUUAUAAAGGCACACCCAUGUCUGACAGAUCAAGGGAGCUUUUCAGGCCUUUAUGCAUGGCAGAUGAGCAUUAAAUACAAAAUGGCUAACUACCGUACAAAACUCAGAGGUUUUGGCAUUCCUGAGGUCACAUGCAAUGCUCUAAAACACAAACACCCAGAUGACAGAAAGUCUGCAAAAAAUGUUAAAAAGCCAAGAAGAGCUGAAGUCAACUACCUCCCUUCUUACCCAGUGGGUGAAGAUGAGAAGACUUUGGAAAAAGAGAGAGAAGAGCUGGUCUCAGAAUUAAAAAAAAAGAACAAUGAAGAGAUUAUAAAGGAAAAGAUGAACAAAACAUUUGCACACAGACGACAUGAAAUCAUUAAUCAAUGUCCAAGUGUGCAAGAUAUAAAGGAACGAUGGCCAGCCCUGUUUCAACCUUCUCAAGUGACUGCAGAAUUUCAAAGAAUAACCACCGUGCAGCUGGAACCUAAAUUUAUGUCCUCAUUGGAUCUUCACACUCCCAAGCUGCUGACACUGUUUCGUGCCAAAGGAGGAGUACUUGGACAAAGACUGAAAACGGAGAUGGAACUACUGAAGGAUGAGCAUUGUUCUGUUGAUAUGAAAAGAGAGGUGGUCAUCCGCUGCAUGACUGAAUUCCUUGGGGAACAUGCAGGAGAUCUCAUCAAAGAAUUCAACGACAAUGAAGAACUGACAGGAAUUGAACCGCUUGUGAUGGCAGUAAUUGUGACCAGGACAGGAGCUUCAAGUGACAGUCCAAAGGACACUGGAAUUGUUAUCGAGGGCGUGAAAGUCCUCAAAGGCCUUGAAGGUGUUCCCAGGGCUUGCUGUGUCCUUCUUGGUUUGACCUAUGCAUUGAAUCUCCAUUAUCCCAAGCAUCUAAAGUAUACCUUUGAGGUAUUUCAGAAACUUCUCCUGGAGCUGGAUGCUUCAAAGCUGUCAAACAGAGUCCAGUCCCUCAGAUCUAAACUGCUGUCUUAAAACAGAUUUGAAGCAUCAAGCUUAUUUUAAGUCCAAUUGCAAAAGUUUGCACUGCUGUUUUAAACUGAGAAUGUUAUUCGUUUAACUAAAUUCCAGUUGUUCAAAUCUACAAUGUUUUGAGGUGAGAUUGUUAUUCGUUUAACUAAGUCCAGUUGAUAAAAUCUAUAGGCUGUUUUAAAAUGAGAUUAUUAGUGUAAUCUUUUCUGUGGUUCAAUGUUGCCGAAAAAGUCACACUUUCUUUUGUUUUGAAAACAUGGAAACCUUGUUUUUUAUAUUUAUUUUAUUUUAAACAAUGCAACUGCAUUGUGUAUUUUGAACAGUUUGUGCCUAAAAAGAGACAAAUUUGCACUUUUUGAAUUGAUAUGCCUUAAUGUAAUUGGAAAAAAAGAUGCAGUUCUGUUGGUAAAGAAUAGUGAAUGUUCACAUUGAUAAUUCUAAUAAAUGCUAUUUUUGUGACCUUGUUGGCAAUAAAAGGAGUUUGUAAUUCAUCUUUGAUGUCUAUGUCUGUUAUACCUACAAUCAGAUUUAAUUAAAUUAUUUUAAUUAAUCCACUCAUUAAAAAUGAUAAUACCAACUUAAUUUUGUGUUAAAUCAAAUCAAUUCCAUUAAGUAGUAUUCAUUAGCAUAGUGGGGUUUUUUGUCCAAG